AUGUCACAAAACAAUGAAAAACGACAAAGAGGUAAAAAUUUCUCAUUAAAUGAGGAAUAUUUGCUAGUUGACCUAGUGGAGAUACACAAAUCCGGACUGGAAAAUAAAAAGUCAGAUGCAGUAACUUGGAGACAAAAAAAUGAAACUUGGGAGAAACUUGCUUCAGAAUUUGCAAGUCAGUCUGGGGUACAAAGAACGUGGAAAGCGCUACGCGACAAGUACGAAAAUUUAAAAAGAAAGUCUAAACUCGAAAAAGCUACCGAAAAGCGUGAAACCUAUCGAACAGGCGGGGGACCUACUGCUGCGUCCAUAGUUUCAAAUAUAUCCGAAAAAAUUUCUUGUCUUAUUGGGGAAUCUGCUACUGGCUUUUGUAAUCCAUACGACAACGAUGGUAAUGAAGAUGAAAAAAUAAAACUAAUAAAGAUACAGCAAGAUUUUUAUAGGGAUGAAAAUUCCAGAGCUGCUGAAAAGCACAAGCUCGAAAUGGAAAAAUAUCAAAACGAAAUUACAUCAAUACGAUUAAAAAAUGAACUUAUCCAAAAUGAAAUAAAAGAGAAAAAACAACGCAUCUGAUCAUUUGUAUAUUUUUAUUUACAUUGUGAAUUUGUUAAUUAAAUAUUCGCAAUAAAUGAUUUAUAAACUAAAAUA